GAGUUGCGAGGUGUUCCAAUAAUAACUUCAUUUCCGAAACCUGUGCAAGUUUAUCUCCUCAUUUAAGAGAUUCUUACAAGUGUUUACAACUUAUAACUGGGUGAAGAAGGGCUUUGACAGACCACUGAAAUGGACCUUCAAACUCUACAAUAUCAGAUGUGGCUGGCAGUUAAAAAACACCAGGCUCUGAUAGGACGACGGCAGGAGGAACCCCACAAUUUAUCAAUACAAAAGGAGAUCUUAGAUGUUUUGUGUCAGCUUGUCUCUAUUAAUGAGAGCCAGAAACUAGUUGUUGGAAGACUUAGAGAAGAACGUGACAAUGAACGGCCCAAGCAUGAAAAGCAAAAUGACUUGCACAAAGAUGAAGGAAAGGAAGACAUAGAUCUGCUGUGUGACGAACAGCUGAAUCAUGACGCACAAGACCAUGAAGGCAAAAUUUCCAAGGAACCUCCACUAGAAGGUUUAACACAAUCCUGUAAGAGUUCACCAAAUGUCUUAGGUACUGGAGUGUCCACUCCGCCCUAUUCCGACUACACUGAAGAAGGACAGGUUGCCAGUUUAGACGAUUAUUUUGAAGAACCUGCUGUUUGUGGUGUUGCAGAGGAAGCAAAUGACUCAAGUGGACCAGUCAGUCCCACCGGCUUCUGGUACUCUCCGGAAAAGCGAUUACAUAACUUUCAACCACCAACUGCGGACUAUACUCAGGAGGACAUACAUGAUCUCGUGACAGAGGAUGAAUUCAUGCAUGCUCUUGGUUUACUGACAGUGCGAGAAUGUGAGGAGGUUCUGGCCAAACGUUAUGAAAGAAGGAAGCGUAAUGCAUAUUCUCACAUUUUCUCAAGUACAAUAUGGGAAAAGCCGGAGACACGUCGAAAACGUCGAGCUUGGCUCACCUCGGGUGCUGGAUCACCUCCUACAUUGCGACGUAAAGUGCGACCACCGUCCCAACCCCCAUCACAACCACAGUCUCGUCCAGUUUCCCCAACACAGUCCUCUUGUUCACCUCUGACCACCUGCCCACCUUCACAACCCGCCUCACCACAAUCUUUAGAGGAUGAAUUUUCUGCAUCAUCUCAGCCAUCAGAAGAGAUAUGCCCAAUGUGCAAAAUAAAAGGUGCUGAUGUUCAGUGUGAUGGGUGUGGUGUUAUAUAUCAUGGUCAGUGUGUUGAUUUAGGAGAUGCUGACCCUCCCCCAUGCUGGCUUUGUCUUACCUGUGAACAGCUGGGACUGAGGGCCUCUACCAACAAUGACCCUCAGCACCAUAGCAGGCGUAGAGAGGCUCUGGCAGUGCGGGAACAGCUGCUUCGUCAGCGGGCAGAGCUCACCAUCGCUAAGCUACAGCUGGAAGAAAGGAAACAGCACCUAGCCAAUGCCCUAGAAGCACAAUGCUCAGAGAGAUCAAAAUUGCAAAAUAAGGAGGAUGGAGUCCGCAGUGCAAUCCACCAACUUCAGGACUUCAUCUUCACCUUCCAGAAAUCAGGAUCUCCACAAGCCAGCUCUCCCAAUGUCCCCACUCAUUGGAAUGAGUCAGCUUCAGUCACCACCUCACCAGCCAGCACUAGCUCUCGCCCAUUCAUGCCCGGACUCACAAUAUCCCGAUCAUCAUCCCCAAGCCAGACGUCUCAAGCAUCUUCUCCAGGGCAAGCUUCAACCAAAAUAUUUAUGCCAAAUUUAACUAUAUCCUGUGCCACUUCUCCUAGCCAGGCUUCAUCCCCUCGCAUCAUGCCAAGUCUGACGAUUUCUCGAUCUUCCUCACCCUGUCAGGCGUCACCUCGACCCCUUACUCUAAGCCAAACCAUUUCCCGAUCUUCUUCGCCCAGUCAAAUAUCUUCACAUGCUUCUUCUCCAAGCCAAGUUUUUCCUCAAACCUUCUUACCUGGACUUGGUAUUUCUCCAUCGUCUUCUCCCAACCCAAGUUAUUAUUCUCGCCACAAAUUAGAAAAGAAACAUCAGGUUGAGGCAAAAGGACACUGUCAGAAUGUACAGAACAUACUGAAACUCCACUCCAAGAACCAAAAGAGAGAGGCUAAAUUACACACCUUGACUCAUCAAAGUGAAUCUGAUUUGAACUCUCAGCCAACAGACUUGUCAACGUCCACACAUUCCAGACAGAAUGGUAUACCAGGCUUUAGGAAAGGGGAUGGUGAAGCAAUGGCUGCCUCCUUGUAAAUUGUAUUGAAGCCUUUUAUAUUGUUGUACAGAUUUGUUAAAAGUAUGUCUUUCAAUUAUCUUCCAACAGAACAGUAUGUCACCUGAUGUACAAGAAGGUUUAUUUUUUAUUUUCAGUAGCCAAAUAUGAAGGAUAGAAAUUGUGUAAAAACAUUUCCUCAGUGACUUGAAUAUUGGAAUGUGUAAGACAGUACAUGUGAUUAAAACUUCUUUUGUGUAAGAAAAAAAAUCAGUAUUGAUAAUGUUUACAAUGAAAAUUGCUUUGAGCAUUGUUUAAGCCGGCAAAAGAUUUAAUGUGUGGUGAUACUGGAGUUGACUUGGAAACUGUUGCAAAUGAAUAUUUUGAUGGGGCACGGAGAGAAGCUUAAUAUCUUGUGAAGUGAGACUAGUAACCCAAACUACUGUAUUGUUGUAGUAAAUUUAUAUAAGUUUUGGGCGUAAGAUUUUACAUAACGCUUAAAAAUUGUGAGGGGGGAAAGAGAUAUUGAUUUUGUUAUAUAAUCAGUAAAGUGAUAGAUUGUUAUAUAAAAUAAAUAAA